AUGGACAAAUUAUUACACUGGUCCAUCGCGCAACAAGCUGGCGACAAAGAGGCAUUGGCUAAAAUUGGAGAGCCAGAUCCCAAAUUACUAAACCAACUAUUUGGAGGCCCCGAUGAAGUCGCGUUAAUGAAGGAGAGCAUCGCGAUUGCCCACAACCCCAAAGUCGAACUCAAGGAUAAAGAGAUUGCAUUGGAAAAUUUCGAAAUGUUGAUUGAAAACAUGGAUAAUGCAAAUAAUAUAGAGAAUUUGGGAUUGUGGCACCCGCUCGUUGAUUUAUUGAAUAAUGACGUGCCUGAUGAUUUGAGAAUAAUUGUUGGUGGGAUCAUUGGCACCGCUGUACAAAACAACCCUAAAUCACAAGAAGAUUUUGAGAAAACUAAUGCGUUGCAAGACUUGGUCAAGAUUGCUGGCAAUGGGACAAAUAAAGCUUUGCAAAACAAAGCGCUUUAUGCUAUUUCUUCGUACAUUAGAAACUACAAGCCUGGUUACAAGCAGUUUGAUGAAUCUUCUGGUUGGGACUUGGUUAAGCUCGAUUCGAAAGAUUCCAAAUUCGACUUGAGGGUCUUGUCGCUAGUUUCGUCAAUAUUGAGCAAUGGAUUGGACAAUGAUGUAGAAAGUCGGUUUAAAAAGUCCAAGUUGGUUCACUAUCUCGCUUCAGUAUUGAAUUUGGACUCAAAUACAAACUUGGUGGACAAGGCAUUGAAUAUAAUUUCUGAGUUGCAUCGCUUGAGAUAUGAUUUUUCUGAAGAAGAGACUUUUGAAGUGGAUAGGGGAAUUCAAGUGGUUGAGGGACUAAGUGACAAGAUCAAUAUUGACGAUCUCAAUAGAGCAAAACAAGCAACUAAGAAAUAA